CACAGCAGGCACCAAGCUGAGGCCCCUCCCCAGAAACAGUCACAAGGCACCUCUUCCCUCUAGGUCACACCGCAGCCUCUGGGCCCUUGGCUAUCUCUGGCUUCAGCCUCCUCUCUGGCCUCACUGCACAGCCCUAAUAGGUGUCCCUGAAGCCUGAGGGGAACCCCAGCACUAGGCCUCUCCUCUACCCAGAGGCUUCUGGUCAACUUCCCUUUCCCCACGUCCCUGCCCUAGCCCCUGGGGUGACUAAACUGGGAGAUAGAUACGUGUUGCUGCCCACUCCACACAGGGCUUUGCUGGGCAUGGCUGGGGCCCAUGGCCAAAGCACAGCAUGCCAGGCAGAGAAGGGAGGCAGGCAGCUGGGCAGGGUACUCAGGGCUGAAUACCAGAGUCAGGGGCAAUGGCCUUUGAGCCAGGCCUCCAGCAUUGGUGUGGGAAGGAGAGAGGACAUUUCUGAGGCAGGGAAGAGCCAGGCACUCAUGAAUGGCCCAGGCUGGCUGGAGGACUAUGGGAAGGAGCCAUGCCUGGAGGCACUGAAUGCCAGGCUUAACCUAGCCCGGAGCCAGGUGUGUGCUCGGGGACUGCAGAAUGAAGAUACAAACGACAUGAAGUCCAGACCUGCCAUGCUCAGGGAGCCCUUGAAGGUGCAGAACAGGGCUGAGGAUGGUGAGAGCUGGCUCUAAAGUGAUUGCCUGGUUACUGAGUGCAGGAUGUGGGGAGGGAGGUGAAGGACAGGAGACAGGGAGACAAACCGCCGCAGUGGGAGAUGAAGAGAUGAAAAGAGGCCAGACGGGAAGAACGUGGUCCAGCAGAAACACGCUGGACUUGGGGCUGAGCGAUGCAGGAGUCUGGGGAAGAGGGUAGGUGUGGUUGGGUUGGCUUCGGACAUACUGAUGGGAUAGCAUGGGACCCCUGGGCACAGAGAUGUCCAGGAGUAAGCUGAAAUGUGGACCUGGGGGUGGCAUCAGGGUGACAAUGGGAACGGACAGGCUCUCUCCCAGGGACGUGGGGGUCAGGGAGAGAGAAGAGGCCGUGGAAGAGGGUUGAGAAGGCACUGUCAUGGAAUUAAGGGCCAGUGGGGAGCCAUGUUCAAGAUGGCAGAAAUCAGGAGAGGCCGGAACCAAGAAAGUCCGGUCGGGGUUGAGUUUGGAGAGGGCUCAGGGAAGGGAUGGCCUCUGAGAAAAGUGGCCAGGGAGGGCUGCAGCAGUGGUGAGCAAGUGAGCUCUGGGCACUCAGAAGCUUUCCGGCUGCUAUCAACCCCAGGACCUCACAGAUGACACCAUAGCGUGGGGUGGCAAAGUGAUCCCAGAUGGCACAGGCGCCAUGUGACUACAGGGAGAAGGCAGGGUAAAAAUGGCAAUCAGGCCUUCCAGCCCAGAGUCUCAGAACUGAGGACACCCUACAGCAGGAAGUGAUGCUCAAGCUAGCUGGCCCUCCUCAAUCAUGUUCCACGUAGGGAAACGGAGAGUACAGGGUCAGUCAGCCUUGGCCACCUAGCAAAAGCAGGGCCCGAGACCCCAGGCUGGGCCUCCAGUAAUCAAGGGCCGGAACUGAGCUGACGGAGGCCUGCACCCUAGUUCCGGUGUGGGUGGAGGGGCCGGCCCUGAUUUCGAAACUCGCCUUCCUCUCCUGACGCUGGCAGCCAAGCGCAGCCUCUGCAAAAGGGACUCGUGCGGCGGGCGAAGGUAGCCGUUCGCCGCGGGCGGUCCUCCGCCGGGCGACUCUGCAGUUGCCUGGGCCUGCGCCACUCUCUCCCCGAACUCCUAUCCCUGACUUCAGGGCCCCAGGGGCCGCCUUCCCGCAUCGCUGGGCCUGCAGACACCGGCCAGGUCCCAGGGGAAGGUGCUUCCCGCUCAGCCGGCGAGCACUUAGUGGCGUCUGCUCGUUGCUCGUCUCCAGGCCAGGUGCUCGGUGAUGCGAGGGGAGCCGGGGCGCCCCACUUCACCCGCACCCCUCAGCAGAGUCGGUGACCGCGGGACCUGGGGUAGGAAGACCGGGGUGAGCGAGGGGAUCUGCGAGGGAAACGCAGGUAUCACGGCUGCAGCAGGACCGCGGCACGCCGCGCACGCGCGUGCACGACCCAGGGGCCCAGUGCCCGCCCAGUGCCCUUCUCUUUCCGGACCCGGCUCCGGGGAUCUGCGCAGGGCUCGGGGCGCCUCCUGCGGGCCGCGGGCGGAGCUGUAACCGGGCACCGCCCUCCAGGCCGCCCCAGCGGACCCGGGCCCGACCGAGGUCGGGGCGCAGACCCAAGGCCCGGGAUCUCCUCGGGCGCCCGCGGUUGCUCUGCCGCGCGCUGGCCUGGCCGCGGUUGCCAUGGUUGCGGGGGAACGGGGGCGCACGAGAAGCCCCGCCCCGGCCCGGCGCAGCCCCGCCCGCUCCGCCGCCCGCCCCGCCCUCCUUGCCGCCCGCGCUGCCGCCGCCGCCGCCGCCGCCGCUACUGCUGCGGGGGCCGCGGGGGGCGCAGCUGGGGCGCGGCUCGGAGGGGAGGCUAGGGGGCCGUGCCAGGCCCGAAGCCGAGGCGGGGCCGGGAUGCGGCGCUGAGGCCCAGCAUGGCCAGCCCGGGCCCCACCUUCCCGCUGCACCGGCUCGUCUGGGCGAACCGGCAUCGCGAACUGGAGGCCGCACUGCACAGCCACCAGCACGACAUUGAACAGGAGGACCCCCGCGGGCGGACCCCACUGGAGCUGGCCGUGUCUCUGGGAAACCUGGAGUCCGUGAGAGUGCUCCUUCGACACAAUGCCAACGUGGGCAAAGAGAACCGCCAGGGCUGGGCAGUCCUGCAGGAGGCAGUCAGCACUGGAGACCCGGAGAUGGUGCAGCUGGUGCUCCAGUAUCGGGACUACCAGAGGGCCACGCAGAGGCUGGCAGGCAUUCCGGAACUGCUCAACAAACUUCGCCAGGCCCCUGAUUUCUACGUGGAGAUGAAGUGGGAGUUCACCAGCUGGGUGCCCCUUGUGUCCAAGAUGUGCCCAAGUGAUGUGUACCGCGUGUGGAAGCGGGGUGAGAGCUUGCGAGUAGACACCAGUCUCCUGGGCUUCGAGCACAUGACCUGGCAGCGGGGCCGGAGGAGCUUCAUCUUCAAGGGCCAGGAGGCAGGAGCCCUGGUGAUGGAGGUGGACCAUGACCGGCAGGUGGUGCAUGUGGAGACGCUGGGGCUCGCUCUGCAGGAGCCCGAAGCACUGCUGGCCGCCAUGCGGCCCAGCGAGGAGCAUGUGGCCAGUCGCCUCACCUCUCCUAUCGUCUCCACCCACCUGGACACUCGUAAUGUGGCCUUUGAGAGGAACAAAUGUGGUAUCUGGGGCUGGCGGUCUGAGAAGAUGGAAACUGUUAGCGGCUACGAGGCCAAGGUGUACAGUGCCACCAACGUGGAGCUGGUGACACGCACACGCACAGAGCACCUCUCUGAUCAGGACAAGUCGAGGAGCAAAGCGGGGAAGACUCCGUUCCAGUCCUUCCUGGGGAUGGCCCAGCAGCAUUCCUCCCACACCGGGGCCCCCGUGCAGCAGGCAGCCAGCCCCACCAACCCCACAGCCAUCUCCCCUGAGGAGUACUUCGACCCCAGCUUCAGCCUGGAGUCACGGAACAUAGGCCGCCCCAUCGAGAUGUCCAGCAAAGUACAGAGGUUCAAGGCAACAUUGUGGCUGAGUGAAGAGCACCCGCUCUCCCUGGGUGACCAGGUGACGCCCAUCAUCGACCUAAUGGCCAUCAGCAACGCUCACUUUGCCAAGCUGCGCGACUUCAUCACCCUGCGCCUUCCACCUGGCUUCCCCGUCAAAAUUGAGAUUCCCCUUUUCCACGUGCUGAAUGCCCGAAUCACCUUCAGCAACCUCUGUGGCUGUGACGAGCCCCUGAGCUCCGUGUGGGUGCCGGCCCCCAGCCCUGCUGUCACCGCGUCAGGGAACCCUUUCCCGUGCGAGGUGGAUCCCACCGUGUUUGAAGUGCCCGAGGGGUACAGUGUGCUGGGCACGGAGCGCAGCGAGCCCCUCCGAGACGAGGAUGAUGACCUCCUGCAGUUCGCCAUCCAGCAGAGCCUGCUUGAAGCGGGCACUGAGGCGGAGCAGGUGACCGUCUGGGAAGCCCUGACCAACACCCGGCCCGGUGCCCGUCCUCCUCCCCAGGCCACGGUUUAUGAGGAACAGCUUCAGCUGGAGCGGAAAGCCUGCGGCUGUCCACAGAGCCCAGGGGCCCAGGAUCCCCUCCCAGGACACCCCCAGCCCCCGGCCCACCCAGCUUUGAAGAGCAGCUGCGCCUGGCCCUGGAGUUGUCUUCACGGGAGCAGGAGGAGCGGGAGCGGCGCGGGCAGCAGGAGGAGGAGGACUUACAGCGGAUCCUGCGGCUGUCACUCACCGAGCACUGAGCCACAGCCCCGGGAGGGCUGGCCAGGCCACUCCCUGCCCGCUUUUGUAAUUUAUUUAUUUAUAAACUCUCUGCUGCUGAGCUUGGGGCCUGGAGCCCCAGGAAUGGGCAGGCAGGGGAGACUGAGAUGGAAAUAAAGAGACUGUGGCAGCAGGGCUGCUCUGCUCA